CCUGGCCAAUUCCCUUGCCCACUUCCUGCAGCUCAAGGAUAAAAGGGCCUGAGAGGUCCUGGGAGGAGGGAGCUACAGAGACCUGUCAUGAUGCUGAGCCUGCUGUGUCUGAUUCUCUUCUUUGUUGGGUGCUCCACUGCUGGAAAUUCACCACCUGUGCCUGAGAAUGUGCUGGUGGGCAUCGUGGGGGGCCAAGGUGCCCCGCAGGGGAGGUGGCCAUGGCAGGUCAGCCUGAGGACCUACAGCUACUACUUUGCCUCCUGGGUGCACAUCUGUGGGGGCUCCCUCAUCCACCCACAGUGGGUGCUGACUGCUGCCCACUGCAUCCACGAGAGAGAUGCUGACCCAUCGGUCUUUCGGAUCCACGCUGGGGAUGUGUACCUCUACGGGGGGAAGGAGCUGCUAGGUGUGAGCCAAGUCAUCAUCCAUCAGGACUACGUGCAUGGUGUCCUGGGUUCAGACGUGGCCCUGCUUAGGUUGGAGAAGCCCCUGGGCUGCUCGGCCAACAUCAAGCCUGUCAAGCUGUUCUCUGGGUCUCUGGAGGUCAACUCGAGGAACCCGUGCUGGGUGACUGGCUGGGGCAGGGUCCACUUGUAUGCGUUGCUGCCCCCUCCCUACCGCCUGCAGCAGGUUCAAGCGAAGAUAGUGGACAAUGCCAUCUGUGAGCAGCUAUACCACAAUGCAACCAGGCACCGCUACCGGAACCACAGGUUCAUCCAAGAUGACAUGCUGUGUGCUGGCAGCGUGGGCCGAGGGACCUGCUAUGGUGACUCAGGUGGCCCCCUGGUCUGCAGGGUAGCAGGCUCCUGGAACUUAGUAGGAGUGGUCAGCUGGGGCUAUGACUGUGCCCUGAGUGACAUCCCCGGGGUCUAUGCACGCGUGCAGUCCUUCCUGCCCUGGAUCACGCAGCAGAUGCAGAAGUUCUCCUGAGCCCAGCCGGCCUCAUGCCGGUGGGCAGAAGAGUCUCCCAGCACCCACUGCUUCAGCCUUUGCCUUCUGAACCUGUGCUGUCCUCUGGCCUUCUGGGAGUCUGGACAUCCCUGACCCAACAAAGACAGCAGAAAUGAUGGCUGGCAGGGGUGGGUGCUCUUGGCUAGAAGGAAGGUGAAGAGGAAUGGGGGCUUGCUAUGCAUGCUGCUGCUGAAGGUACUGAGCAGCUUCUGCUUUUUGGAUGUUCUUAAUAAAGGUCUUGUGCACAUUCAGGA